AUGUCACCCAGGGAAUGAACCACAACCGCGAACCUGGCCGACCUCCCCAAAUGGCAUCAUGGUCUCACACAACGGGGGCGCCGAGUUUGCUCCUCCGCCGUCUACAUUGGCCGCCCAGCUCGUCGAGAACAUCUCGGCUUCUACAAGAACAUCUCGUUCCGACGAUAAUGCAGAGCUGAGAAGGCUGUCUGCUAUUAUCCAGCAAGUCGAGAGCAACCCCGGCCUCCUUAAGACCCCGGAAGAUCAACUCGGGCACAACCAUCUCUUGACCUACGUCUUCAUUCGUGCCGUCCUAGGAGGCCUUCGACUCAAUGAUCCCUUCGCCGAUCGGAACCACUUGCGAUCGGAAGUCCUUCGUGCCAUCAGCUUCCUCAAGCUUAUUGUCCACGAGACGCCCGCCGUUCUGCAAUAUAUCGAUGCGACAGAACAGCAGUUUGAGCUACGGGGAGAUGAACCCCUCUGGGUAUGGGUUUUUCCGAAACUACUUCGGCUCCUGGGCCAUGCCCAGUUCCUGGACCUCAGCCCCGACAUCGAGGGUUUCUUCCAAGAGCUCCUGGCACUCCUGGCCCUGUCUCAAGCUCUUCAGAACACCCUUGCAGAUAUUGUGGCUUAUUUUCGGGAGAUUUCAGAUGCUUUGCUUCUACGGCUGCGCAACUUACUCCCCUCCUCAACCUCACGAGAUGCACCAUUACACAUGACACUACCGGAAGAUGGCAGCUUGGAGCUCAUCAUCGGAAAGAAUGCCACGCAUUCGGCGAAGCAGAGCACGUACACCAUCGCUCAAACGUCUCAAGCCAUCCGUCAUGUGUCUAGCUUGUUGACUAUCCUGUCCCGACCACUCGUGUCGCAACACCACCUCGUUGGUAGCCCCGCUCUCUCGACACAUAGGCCCUGGCUACUAGACUCUCUGUUCUCCCUUCGCGUAAUCCGACAUAGCUGGAAAGAUAUUGUUCCUGCGAACCAAGUAGGGACCCUGCAAGCGACACUGUCCUUGCUGUUCCCGCCGAGUCUGGGGUCGAACCUCGUUGCUCGAAGGAAGGUGUACACACUACUAGGUUUGCACUGCGCCGAUAUGGUGGACCAACAUUAUGAACUCACGACCGCCGAUCAAACCCGAGCUGAGCCUGCUAGAAAGGCUUUCUGUAACGCUUUACUACACCUAGCCAAUCUUGCCCUCCGGGAUAGGAGCAUUGGCAGCUUGAUUGUAUCUAAAAUCCUUGAUCCAUUACGAGCUCUCAUGCUUCAUUUCCCAUUGCUGGGAGAGCCCACCGAUUUUCGACGAUCCGUCCAGGUUCUCAUUCAAACGACUGGGGUUACCCCUCCGAAAGAGCUUACAUCGGACACACAGCCGGCGUCCUUUACAGACCCAGACCUUCGCUGUCAAGUACAAGCUCUGCAACUCGCCCCGCAAGCCGAACCAGCUUCGGAACUCCCUGCGAAACGUCGAAAGAUUUCUUCCGAGGCCGCAGAGCUUCCCGAAUUACUUGCAGUAAUAUACCGGAUACUCGGUGUCGAUCCUGAUGCGGUCGGAUUGUCGUUGACCGGCGCAUUCUGGGCCAACUACUCCAAACUCAACGAAGCCGAUCAAUGUGCCGUGAUCAAUCUAGUAUCCCUCAUGUGCUGUGUGGUCGACGAUGCUGUUUGCUUUGCGCCAUCGGACCAUGACCGUGAAAAGCGGAUGUCUCGUUGUGAUUAUUGCUCGAGGUCAAACGGUGUCGGGCCGCGGUCCAAGAAACUCAAUGCUCAGGCAAAGGCUGAGGCGCAGUCUAUCUUCAUCAAUCUCGUUGGCGACGAACCCUUCUUGAGCUCUCGUCGUCAAAGAGUCGUUGCCAUGCUCUGUAUUAGACGCUUGAUCACACAUACUGAUGAUUCUCACUUAUUCGAUCUUGAAACUUCGGAGCUCGGACAGUGGUGUCUGCAAUGUAUGCAAAGCUCCAUCAGAGAACUUCGUAUUGCUGCUGGUCGAACUCUGGCAGUGUUCAUGAGACGAUCCAUGUCUACAGAAAUUGCGGAGGCGGUCGUGGACCGGAACCGCAAAAAUGCCCUUGCUCUCCUCAAGGGGAUCUCCGACCAGAGCGUCAUGGGCGCUGGUGAGACUAAUAUCAUGGCCUGGGGCCAGCUGGGCAGGAUCGUCUCGGGGGACGAACUUAAUCUGGUUCUACACAAGUUACUUGAGUAUCUUGGUGGCAACAACAGUCUCAUCUCGUCAUGUGCCUUCAGCGAGAUUAUCAAUCUUGCUGCGAGCCGCAGGGUCUCUUGUCGGCAGUUAUUCGAACCCUUCUGGGGCAACUUGGCUUUCUUUGCCGUCAAAGACAUGGUUUCGAGACCCCAAAUUAGUCGUGCGCUUGCCGAAUUGCUCCAGAUAUCAGUCAACCAGCUGCUGCUCCACGUCCAGAGCUAUGCGCUGCCUUGGCUUGUCCUUAUGAAGAAGAAGGACGUCGUCCAGAAGAUUGUUGACGCCCGUCAGGAAAAGGACCCCAUAUCCGUCUUGAUGGACAGCGACAACAAUGGACCCAUCAUGGCGCUUCUCCUCAUCCAAGAUGUUCCCGACAUUGAGCAGUUUGUCAUGUCGAGGCUCCGCGAGUUUGCCUCCCACUUUGAAUCUUGCACACUCACGGGAUUGAUGCAACCAGAAGCCCUCUCUAUUGUUCUCGAGCUUCUCAAGUCUGCUGGUGAUGCCGAUGAGGACAAGAAGCCUCGGAUUAUCCACGCCUUGACUUGGAUGUGUACCCAGUUGAUGACGGCCAGUGGCGACCUGAAGACCAAAUCUAAGAAACAAGCAGCCAACGUGGUGGGCCGAUUUUUGGAGUCGUACUUGCUAGGGCUGAUGUCGCGCUUGGUCGAUGUUAUCAAUGACCGUCAGCUGAGAUCUCCUCCCGUCGAAGCACAGAGGCGUUGCCUGCGCGCCAUGGAGGAGAUGAUCAAGGUGUGCAGGGCAUAUGUGCGAAUUGCACGGCCACAGAUAUCCGCCUGUCUCCUAUCGGCCUUGACACACGACGAUCUCAGGAGCGCGGCAUUCUCUUGCUGGGCCGCUCUGCUGACCAAACUCGAAGAUGAGGAUGUGGAGGUUCUCAUCGAACCUACCUUUUUCACUAUCAAUCAUUAUUGGUCUCUCUUUGACACGGACACGCAGCGACUGGCCAAGAAUUUGCUGUUGACUAUGCUGGACAACUCACGACAAGUUCUCGAUGGCGGUAUGAUCAACAAACUGCCCCGCCUGGCGCACAUACCGUAUCUGUCAGAAGUGGAAUCUAAGCUUGCGUCCCUGCGGCAUCCGAUGGACAAGCGGACUACCUUUGCGCUGUUCGCGGAGAGAAUAUGUCACCAGAACUCCGGUGUUGUGCUUCUGGGUCUCACCGAAUUAGUGGCAUACCUCAAAGAGAAUCAAAGUUACCUCCAGACGUCAGCCGUCGGCGAACAAACGGACAGUGUGAUUCCCACGCUCAUGCGAGCACUCCUUGACUGUGCGGCGAAGUACAGCGUCUCACAACCGGACAUUGGCAGUCUAUGCACACAAUGCAUGGGCCUGGUGGGAUGUCUCGACGCGAACCGGAUCGAGGCGACGAGGCGGCAGAGGUCCAUGGCAAUCCUCACCAAUCUUGAAGCGCGCGAGGAGAUGACGGACUUUGUCUUGUUCAUCCUGGAGGAGGUUCUGGUGAAAUCCUUCCUCUCUACAACCGACACCAGACUCCAGGGCUACUUAUCCUUUGCCAUGCAAGAGCUCAUGGACAAGAUAGACAUCCGAGCCGCCUUGGAGAUGGAGCAGCAGAAUAUCCGGGAUGGAGAGCGCGUCUACCGAAAGUGGCUCGCCUUGUCCGAAGACGUCCGCGAAGUCCUGAGGCCGUUCCUGAGGUCGAGAUACAUGCUUGCGCAAGCGAACCUACCGUCGGCCGAAUAUCCCAUCUUCUUCCGGGGGAAGCCCUACGGCAACUGGAUGCGUUCGUACGUCCUGAACCUCCUGCAGAAGGGACAGAAUCCCCACGCACAACUGCUUUUCGAGCCCCUUACUCGCGUCAUCCGGGUCAAGGACAUCUCCGUGGCAGAGUUCCUCCUGCCUUACUUGGUUGUUCAUGUCGUGGUCGGGGAUGCGAUCAGCGAGGAAGAAAGGAAUCAUGUCACGAGUGAGCUCCUUAACGUCCUUCAAAACCAACCGGCCGAUCACGCCACAUAUGCCGAACGGGAGGACAUGAAAUUGUACUGCGAGGCCGUGUUUCGUGUUCUCGACUAUGCGAUGAGAUGGGUCCAGGAGAAAACCCGCCGCACUGUAGCCGAGUCGGACGAGGCAGCGAUUUCGCGUGUAAGAGCAAUGGUAGACAGGAUACCGCCAGAGCUACGUUCCCAGCGCGCCGUAGACUGCAACCAGUACUCUCGCGCGCUCUUCUAUCUCGAGCACCACGCUCAAGAAAUCGAAGUGAACGAAGGAGACCCCACGGAGAGGACGCGGCUCCUGGAGCGUCUGCAGGAUAUCUACGCGCAAAUUGACGAGCCCGACGGCCUCGAGGGUAUCUCCGCCCGCCUACACGUCUUGGAUAUCAACCAGCAGAUUCUCAGCCACAAAAAGGCCGGAAGGUGGUCUGCGGCGCAGACUUGGUAUGAGAUCAAACUGGCGGAGGAGCCUCACAAUGUCGACGUUCAAGUGGAUCUGCUCAACUGCCUCAAGCAGUCCGGGCAACACGAUGUGCUCUUGAACUACGUCGAGGGCAUGCAGACCGAAGCCGUGUCCGAGAACAAGAUCGUCCCAUUCGCGGUGGAAGCUGCGUGGGCUACGGGCCGCUGGGAGAGCCUUUCCAAAUACGCGAGCCGGUUCCACGGGGACCCGUUGGAUGAGUUCAACGUCGGGAUCGCGGAGCUGUUCAACGCGAUGCGCCACAGGCAACGCGACGACGUCACGUUCAAGCAGACGAUGCAGAGCUUGCGAGAGAAGAUCGCGUCGGCCAUGACGUACUCGGCGACGUCGACCUUGCAGGCGUCCCACGAGCUCAUGCUUCGUUGCCAUGUCCUUACUGAUAUCGAGAUCAUCGCCGACACAGUAGAGCCGGAAGGGCCGGCGCACCAGGUGGUCCUGGACCUUCUCAACCGACGGCUGGAGGUCCUGGGACCAUACGUCCACGAUAAGCAGUAUCUUUUAAGCAUUCGGCGGGCUGCCAUGGAACUGUGCCGACCCAAGUUCUCGAAUCUCGACAUUUCAUCCCUCUGGCUCGCCAGUGCCCGGCUCGCACGGAAAGCAAACUCGAUGCACCAGUCUCUGAACGCGGUUCUCCACGCCUCCCAGCUCGGUGACGACUAUGCGGUCAUCGAGAACGCGAGGUUGCUAUGGAAGGACGGGCAUCCACGCAAAGCCAUCCAGGUAUUGCAGGGGGCUAUCGAUGCCAACAAGUUCGCAACGCAGAUCAAUAGCGCUGCGGGUUCGGCAAAGGGCCUCGACAUGCAGCAGAGAAUGUUAACGGCGAGGGCGCAGCUGACGCUGGCGAAAUGGCUGGACGCGGCGGGCCAGACGCACGUGGUGGCGCUUCGCGACAAGUACCAACAAGUGCCCAAGACGCUCUCGGCGUGGGAGAAGGGCCACUUCUUCCUGGGACGGCACUACAAGAAGCUGAUGGAAUCGGAGCAGUCUCUCAAGCUGGACCACCAGAGCGACGCUUAUCUGCAGGGCGAGAUUGCGAGGCUGGUGAUGGAGAACUACCUGCGGUCGCUGAGCUACGGAACGAAAUACCUCCACCAGACGUUGCCCAGGAUUCUCACGCUCUGGCUAGAUCUCGGGGCGCAGGUGGACAAGCCGCCGGAGGGGAAGAUGUCCAUCUCGCGCGAACUCCAGCGGAGACGGGUGGAGCAGCUGAACAUGCUGCACAAGUUCCUCGACAAGUACAUCGCGAAGCUGCCGGCGUACGUGUUCUACACGGCGCUGCCGCAGAUUGUGGCGAGAAUCGCGCACCCGAACCAACAGGUGUUCGAGAGGCUGGCGCGGAUCCUGGUCAAGGUGGUGGAGGCGCACCCGCGGCAGGCGCUCUGGGGGCUGUUCGGGAUCAUGACGACGAAGCAGGCGUCGGAGCGGAGGGAGCGGGGGCAGCGGAUCCUGCAGAUGCUGCGGGGGUCGUCGGCCAAGGUGGAGAACGGCAGCUACGACGUGAAGCUGCUGCUGCGGAUGGGGGAGAAGCUGGCGGAGCAGCUGCUGGUGGCGUGCAACAACGGCACGUUCCAGAGCAACCGGACGACGACGGCGAGCAUCGCGCGGGACCUGUACUUCAACCACAAGUGCACGCCGUGCCCGCUGGUGGUGCCGAUCGAGCGGUGCCUGUCGGCGACGCUCCCGACGCUGACGGAGAACGUGCGGAAGCACAAGGCGUUCUCGCGCGACGUGAUCACGAUCGAGUCGUUCCUGGACGAGGUGCUGGUGCUGGGGUCGCUGGCGCGGCCGCGGCGGCUGACGGCGCGGGGGUCGGACGGGAGCAACUACAUGCUGCUGAUCAAGCCCAAGGACGACCUGCGGACGGACCAGCGGCUGAUGGAGUUCAACGGGAUGAUCAACCGGGCGCUGAAGCGGGACGGCGAGUCGAGCCGGCGGCAGCUGUACAUCCGGACGUACGCGGUGACGCCGCUCAACGAGGAGUGCGGCGUCAUCGAGUGGGUGGACGGGCUCAAGACGCUGCGGGACAUCUUGUUGGACCAGUACCGGGUGCGCGGGGUGGCGCCGGACUACGUGCGGAUCCGGCGGCUGAUGAAGGAGGCGCUGGUGGGGGCGGACAACAUCCACCUGUGGCAGCGGGACGUGCUGGGGACGUUCCCGCCGGUGCUGCACCACUGGUUCGUGCAGCAGUUCCCGCACCCGGCGGAGUGGUUCGCGGCGCGGGUCAAGUACACGCGGUCGUGCGCGGUCAUGUCGAUGGUGGGGACGAUGCUGGGGCUCGGGGACCGGCACGGGGAGAACGUGCUGCUGGAGAAGGACAACGGCGGGGUGUUCCACGUGGACUUCAACUGCCUGUUCGACAAGGGGCGGACGUUUGCGGAGCCGGAGAGGGUGCCGUUCCGGCUGACGCACAACAUGGUGGCGGCGAUGGGGAUGGCCGGCUACGAGGGCCCUUUCCGGACGUGCUGCGAGCUGUCGCUCGGGGUGCUGCGGCAGCAGGAGGAGACGCUCAUGUCGGUGCUGGAGGCGUUUAUCUACGACCCGACGCUGGACCUCCAGAAGGUGAAGAAGACGGGGCGGGGCGGGCCGGCGGUGGUGGCGCCGGGGGAGGUGAGGCUGGAACCGCCGUACGUGGUGGAGAGUAUCAAGAGGAAGCUCAGGGGGUUGUUGCCCAACGAGAGCAUCCCCCUGGGCGUGGAAGGGUACGUGGACGAGCUGAUCAAGCAGGCGGUCGACCCGAGGAACUUGUCCGCCAUGUAUAUUGGAUGGUGUCCGUUCUUGUGAAGCGCCAUGGCAUGGUUCUGGAUCUACAUAGACAUAGAUAGAGUAUGGUAUGUGCGCAUAAGAUGGCUACAAGGGGGGCGUAUUGGAUUUGAGGGUGCAUACAGGUAAAAGAAUAGAUCCGGUGAAAGAAGAAUUCAUGUAUAAAAUCGCUUUUUGUUCGGGGCUUUUUCCUUGGGAGGCAUCGAAGAAGUGAGAUAGAUGUUCAGGGGAGG